ACGAAUUUUAGAGAGUGAUUUACCAUAACGUUGAGUGGAGUGAUUAACACUAACAUCUCAUAUUAUUCAAUCCCAAGAAUCUUUAAUAAGAUUUUCGAAAACAUAAAAAAUGAUUCGUGUUUUAUUUUUGUUGACGUUGAGUUUGGUGGCAAUCUACGAAGCAAAUGCGUGCAGCUGUGUGUAUAAAUCUAAUCAACAAAAAUUCUGUGAAUCUGACUUUGUAAUUAAAAUGAAGAUUGAGGAUUUUCAAACAAACGAGCAAUCACUGUAUAAAACGUAUCAAGUUAAUAUAUUAGAAACUUAUAAGGCUUCUGAUGAUGCAAAAUCUGCGCUUAAAAAUCGACUUUUGGUAACCUAUUCCGAAUCUGCAAUCUGUGGACUCAUGUUUAAGCGAGAUGACGUUGCUGUUGUUAGUGGGCUUAUAAUGAAUGGACAACCACGCAGCAGUAUCUGUUAUAUGAAUAUACAUGACGCAGAAAAAAUAGCAGCUGAAGAGACCAAUCUUCGUGAAAAUUAUAUUAAAUCUUGCGUUUAAAGUAGCAUAA